UUUCUAAAAAUUUAAGAGUCACACAGGUAAUUAAUCAGUAGAUCCCUUAAUCCUCCCAAAAUCGUCUCUUCAGCUCAGGGCUUAGUUUUUCGACGAUCCUGUGAGAUCUCGAAUAGGAAAAAGAAGUUUGUGGUGCAUCAAGAUGAAAGCUCUUAUUCUAGUUGGAGGUUUUGGCACUCGCUUGAGACCAUUGACUCUCAGUUUCCCAAAGCCGCUUGUUGAUUUCGCUAAUAAACCUUAUAUGAUCCUACAUCAGAUAGAGGCACUUAAGGCAAUUGGAGUCGAUGAAGUUGUUUUGGCCAUUAACUAUGAGCCAGAGCAACUGCUAGUGAUGUCGAAAUUCUCAAAGGACGUUGAGACAAAUCUCGGGAUAAAGAUCACCUGCUCACAAGAGACAGAGCCUUUAGGUACAGCUGGUCCUUUGGCUUUAGCGAGGGACAAACUGGUUGAUGGCUCUGUCUAAAUUACUUUUCAUUGAAUUUAAAUCAUUAAUCACUUAUUAA